AUGAGUUCCAUUGAGGUGAAUGAUGAGAAUCGAGGGGUCUGCCCUGGAGGAAAACACAACAGCUCAAUCACUGACAUAUUUGACCUGGAUCAACCGACCGGGACGCCGUCCAUCCUGCGUCAGUCAGAGACCUUGCCCAGCAAGACUGUGCCGAAGGGGAUGAAGGUUUGUUUUCAGACCCCAAGAAGAGAACCUAUGAACAAGAGAAUUGUCCAAUCUCAGAGCAAGACUGCGAAGAUGACCAGUGUGGACGAGUGCACAAAGGCAAUGGAGACUUUAAAUAUAGAUAAAAUUAAUCCUUUCCCACAAGAGGUCCUUGAGAAGCCAAAUGAGCCCGAACCAGAAGUGUCGUCUUAUCCUGAUGACGAAAUGCCAAUACAGAGCAAGGGUGGUUAUCAGCUGGAUUUUGACAACCUGGAAGCCAUGAAUCCAUUUGAGGGAACCACUAAGAUGGUUCGCUCUCCAAGUGCUUUGCAAGAUAAAAAACAAGACCUCUUUAUGGCAGAAAAAGAGGCGACAAAAGCGCCACGGAACUGUGAUUUCAAACUGUUUGAUCCUAGAGCACCAGCGACACCAAUCUUCUAGAGCCUCGUCCCAUCCUACCCACAGCAGGCAAACCCGGACGAGUCCAUUAUCGACGUGCUGAAGUACAGUCAGAAAGACAUGGAUGCAGCCAACGCCAAAGUCCAGGCGGAGUGAAAAGAGAAGGGGCAGCAAUGGAGUGAAAAACAUAAAAAAGAAGUUGAUGAUGGUCAAGAACUUUGGAAAAUAAUCGCAGAAUUUGAGCUCAUGAUUGCAAAAGUUAUGGCAAGAAUGUAUGCCGAUCAAGAGAGGGAGAGAGAGGUGGCCCAGGCGAAGCUGAAUGAGGCUCUGUUGGAGAACGAGCUGAUGUCCAGCCACCUGAAUGGGAUGGAGGGAUUGUUGUCUGUGCUUUUCCAGCGACUGGAGAAGUACAAGGACGUUCUCGAGGGCUACAUAAAGAAUGAAGAGACUCUGAAAGCCUGUGCACAGGACUACCUGGUGAGGAUCAAAAAGGAGAAGAAGCGCUACCAGACGCUUAAAGCUCACGCUAAGGAGAAGAUUGGCCUUGCAAAUGCUGAAAUCAAUGAGGUGCGCUCAAAGUUCAAGUCCGAGGUGUCGGCUCUACAGGCUCAGCUGCGGCGGGAGCAGCUGAAGGUUCAUUCGUUGGAGAAGAGCCUCGACCAGAAGGAGAAGGAGGCUGAAGAGCUGACCAAACUUUGUGAUGAACUUAUCACCAAAGUUCAGAAGGGUUGA